AUGGAACAAUUAAUUAUCAUUAGAACUAAUAAGGCAGAAAAGAUAAAGGGUUUUCUCGACCAAGAAAAGCAAAAUUACAAGGUCUUUAACCAAACCCAAAGAAAAAAAGAUUUAUUUGCUAACUACGGAGAAACCAUAAAAGAUAAAGAGCGAGAAAAAGAAGCCCAAGAGUUAGAAAAUGCCGAGGAAGAGGAUAUAGUUAACGAAGAAUGCAAAAAGUUUGAUAAAGUUUAUCCAUUUGAAAUUUUUAUUGAUUUUCAAGGUAAGAAAGGGAAGGCAUUACCCGACCAAAUUAAAACUUAUAGCCAUGGUCGAAUUAUUAAGAAAUAUGGAGUAUUAGACCCUAAAUAUUAUCCGGAAGUAGAAAAGAAAGUUAAGGAAGAAAGAGUAAAAGGAUAUGUAGGAGAAGAAAAUUGA